AUGUAUAACUACUGCCACGGACUGAGCAGUCGUCUGGCCUGUGACAGCAGUGUGUCCUCAGGCGAGGCUGAGCAGCUCCGUUGUCUUUGUUCUAAAGAUCCUCUGUAUGAGCUCUCAGAGCAGGAGAAGGACUUCCUCUGGAGACACAGACAUUACUGUGUAAAAAUCCCAGAGUCUCUUCCGAAGCUUCUUCUGUCCGUCAAGUGGAACUCCAGAGACGAAGUAUCACAGAUGUACUGUUUGUUGAAGGAGUGGCCCCUGAUGGAGCCGGAGUCCGCUCUGGAGUUGUUGGACUGUAACUUUCCUGACCCGAUGAUCAGAGAGUUUGCUCUGCGCUGUCUGGUGAAAGGCCUGACAGACGAUAAGCUGUCGCAGUAUCUGCUGCAGCUGGUUCAGGUGUUGAAGUAUGAGAUGUACCUGGACAAUCCUCUUGCACGUUUCCUGAUCAAGAAAGCUCUGACCAAUCAGAGAAUUGGUCACUUUUUCUUCUGGCAUCUCAAGUCAGAGAUGCACAAUAAGACUGUGUCUCGUCGUUUCGGUCUGCUGCUGGAAGCUUUCUGCAGAGCCUGUGGGAUGUACCUGAAACAUCUGAACAGACAGGUGGAGGCCAUGGACAAGUUGGUGAACCUGACCGACACAUUGAAACAAGAAAAGAAGGACGAGACACAGAAAACCCAGAUGAAGUUCCUGGUCGAACACAUGUCUCGACCUGAUUACAUGGAGGCUCUGCAGGGAUUUGUGUCUCCUCUGAACCCUGUUCACCAGUUGGGAAACCUCAGGCUGGAGGAGUGUCGGAUCAUGUCCUCAGCAAAGCGCCCCCUGUGGUUGAACUGGGAGAACCCUGAUAUCAUGUCCGAGCUGCUUUUCACAAACAACGAAAUCAUCUUUAAGAAUGGAGACGACCUGCGUCAGGACAUGUUGACUCUGCAGAUCAUUAAGAUCAUGGAGAACAUCUGGCAGAAUCAGGGCCUGGACCUGCGCAUGCUGCCGUACGGGUGCCUGUCCAUUGGAGACUGUGUCGGUCUGAUCGAGGUGGUGAAGAACAGUUUCACCAUCAUGCAGAUCCAGUGUAAAGGAGGCCUGAAGGGGGCGCUGCAGUUCAACUCCAACACGCUGCACCACUGGAUCAAAGACAAGAACCGAGGAGAGGCGUAUGACCGAGCCAUCGACCUCUUCACCAGGUCGUGUGCAGGUUACUGUGUCGCCACGUUCAUCCUGGGAAUCGGAGACAGACACAACUCCAACAUCAUGGUGAAGGAGAACGGACAGCUGUUCCACAUUGACUUCGGGCACUUCCUGGAUCAUAAGAAGAAGAAGUUUGGGUACAAGCGGGAGCGUGUCCCCUUCGUCCUGACGCAGGACUUCCUCAUCGUCAUCAGUAAAGGAAUCCAGGAGUCGACAAAGACCAAGGAGUUUGACAGGUUCCAGGAAAUGUGUUACAAAGCUUAUCUCGCCAUCCGUCAGCACGCCAGCCUCUUCAUCAACCUCUUCUCCCUCCUCCUCGGCUGCGGGAUGCCUGAACUGCAGAGCUUUGACGACAUCGCCUACCUGAGGAAGACCCUCGCUCUGGAGAAGAGCCAGCAGGAGGCGUUGGAGUAUUUCACCAAACAGAUGAACGAUGCUCACCAUGGAGGCUGGAGCACGAAGAUGGACUGGAUCUUCCACACCAUCAGACACAUGCCCAACGAACACUGAGUGUAUAUAUAUAUAUAUAAUGUUAAUUUAUAUACAACAUACACUCAUACAACACGCCUGUGUUUACUGCACUAUCGUCUUUGACGAUGAUGAGACGUGAUAACGUUUAAGCGUCACAAUGAUGUGUUGGUAGGAUGGUUGUCAUAGCAACGUGAAUCUCAGGGUAGGAGGCCUGGUUAAUGAAGGUGAUGAGGAUUUUACAUCUUCCAGUUGGUGCCACAGUUAGCAUGUUAGCUCUGCUAGCUCAACACAGAGUUUUUUUUAGCUGUAGCGUAUGAAUCAAUCUUUAUUGAGAAUCAACUGUGACUUUAUGAACCAGCUUUAUUGAAACCAGCAGAAUGAACACUGUGGUCACUUUCAGAGCAAUAUUACCCCAGUUACUGAUCAAUAUUUAUGACAAUCAGGAGUUGUGACCAAUAGGAAGGCAGUGUUGAACAGCUGUGGGCGGAGACGAUAUGAUGAGGUCAGACCAAACUCACCAAUUAUUUUCCCAUAAAAAUCUAAAAGUAUUGUUUUUAUUUACUGCUCAUUUAACCCUUGUGUUGUCCCUGCUACACACGUAGCACAAUAGACACGUGAGCAGAUGUAUUUGUUACACCCGCGGCACAUGGUGUGAGUUUUACAGU